UAAUUGUUGUUGGUCACUAGUGAAUGUUGUGAGCGGCGGAGAGGCUGGUGUUGUGAUGAUCAGCGGCUCAUAGUGUCUCACUAUACUCACUAUAACUCACUCUUAACUCACACUAUACCACCAUGGAGGCACUCAUCCCCAUCAUUAACAAGCUGCAGGAUGUGUUUAACACUGUGGGAGCUGAUGCCAUCCAGCUGCCUCAGAUAGUGGUGGUCGGCACUCAGAGCUCAGGAAAAAGUAGCGUAUUGGAGAGCUUGGUGGGACGCUCAUUUCUUCCUCGAGGGAUUGGCAUUGUUACCCGUCGACCAUUAGUUCUGCAGUUAGUAUACACAUCACGCGAUGACAACCAACAUCGAUCAGCAGAGGCAGGCACACUGGAGCUGGAGGAAUGGGCACAGUUUCUUCACAUUAAGGAAAAAAUCUUUGUAGAUUUUGAUGAAGUCAGAGCUGAAAUAGAGCGAGAAACGGCCAGAAUUGCAGGAAACAACAAAGGAAUAUGUAAUGAGCCAAUCAGACUCAAAAUUUUCUCUGAUAAAGUUGUAAAUUUAACUGUCGUGGAUUUACCAGGCCUAACUAAAGUACCAGUUGGCGAUCAACCAGAUGACAUAGAGACUCAGAUUCAUGAAUUGAUUUUAUAUUAUAUUGGAAAUCCCAAUUCUAUUAUUCUGGCAGUCACCUCAGCCAACAUGGACAUGGCCACAUCUGAAAGUCUUAAAAUGGCUAAAGAAGUUGAUCCUGAUGGUCGAAGAACACUAGCUGUUGUCACGAAGUUGGACCUAAUGGAUGCUGGAACUGAUGCCAUUGAUACACUGUGUGGACGUAUUAUACCUGUGAAACUGGGCAUAAUUGGUGUUGUGAAUCGGUCACAACAAGACAUCAUAGAUGGCAAGUCAAUAAAGAAAGCUUUGGCAGAUGAAGCUGCUUUUCUCCAGAGGAGAUACCCAACCUUAGCAAACCGUAAUGGAACUCCAUAUCUAGCCAAGACUCUGAAUAGAUUGCUAAUGCACCACAUUAGAGAUUGUCUCCCAGAGUUGAAGACCCGGGGGAGGUAUCGAUGAUGAUGUCUCAGUUUCCAAUCACUACUAAACAGUUAUGGUGUUGCUGUACAUGACAAGGCACAAACACUCUUACAAAUUAUCACAAAGUUUAAAGCUGCUUAUUGUCAGACAAUUGAGGGUACGGCCAGGAAUAUUGAAACUACUGAUUGUAAAUGUGGGGGUGCUCGUAUUUGUUACAUUUUCCACGAAACAUUUGGCCGCACAUUAGACAGUAUCCAUCCACUGGCUGGGCUUACACAAAUGGAUAUUCUUACAGCAAUCCGUAAUGCUACAGGACCUAGACCUGCAUUAUUUGUUCCAGAGGUUUCAUUUGAACUGUUAGUGAAGCGUCAGAUUCGGCGCCUUGAAGAACCUUCCAUGCGGUGUGUUGAACUGGUGCACGAGGAAAUGCAGAGAAUUAUUCAGUUUUGUGGAACAGAGGUUCAACAAGAAAUGCUCAGAUUUCCAAAGCUUCAUGAGAAAAUUGUGGAUGUUGUCACUCAGUUAUUACGAAGGCGUCUUCCUCCCACCAAUGCAAUGGUUGAAAAUCUUGUUGCAAUUGAGCUGGCCUACAUAAAUACAAAGCACCCAGAUUUCCGCCCAGAUGCAUCGCUGGUAUCUUCACUCGCAGGAGAGGAGGAUAAGUCUCGCAACAUUCCAGUUCGGCGUGCACAUGGUAAUGCACCCUCUACUUAUGAACAGGAAAUCAGGGAACAGUCUAAGCGUGGAGAGUUGAGGCAAAUUGACAGCUUUGCUAGUAGAUCAAGCCUUCAGGAACACCAUAGAAACCCCAAGUGUGACUCAUGGUUGACUGCUGAGUGUAGGAAGGAUAUAAUUAAUCCAGGAGAUUGGUAUAAAGUAGGAAUGAGAGGACAGUCUGAAAAUCAGCAAGAAGAUAAGAAGGAUAAAAGCCCUCCACCUAAGAUACUAAAGUCAGAAUGUUCUUUAUUUGAUCUGUACUUAAGGAAAUGGGCUUUACCCAAGAAGACUGCAAGGCAUAGACUCUUCCGCGUAGGUUAUUUUGAAUUAGGCAUAGCUUUUAUGUUAGUACUGUAGAUAUUGACAUAUUAU